GUCAUCAUCCUUUGUGCUUGCCUUUGGCACCAAAAUUAAGAAAAUUUUAUCAAUACUAAAAUGGAAAAAGCACAGCUCGUGUUCAUCCCCGCCCCUGCUAGGGGCCACCUUGUAUCGGCGUUGGAAGCAGCAAAGCUUCUUCUUACCCGCUGUCACCAGCUUUCCAUUACUGUCCUUAUCCUCAGUCAUUCUUCUAUCAGCUCUAAAGUUCAUAACUACGUUGAAUCGCGGAGAGCUUCUUCCUCAACUAUAUCCAAUCGUCUUCAGUUCAUUGAUCUGCCCGAAGACGAGACUGAAUCAUCUAGUUUCUCUUCUUUCUUUGAGAGACAGAAACUCCAUGUCAAAGAAGCUGUGUUGAAGAUCACUCAGUCUGAGUCAAGCGUCGACUCGCCUCAGCUGGCAGGUUUUGUUGUCGAUAUGUUCUGCACGACAAUGAUAGAUGUGGCCAAUGAAUUUGGUGUUCCGUCUUACUUUUUCUUUACGUCCGGCGCAGCUUUUCUUGGUUUCAUGCUUUAUGUGCAGAAGAUUCAUGAUGAAGAGAAAUUUGACCCCACUGAGUUCAAGGAUUCAAAUUCAGAAUUACCAGUGCCGAGUUUAGUAAGCCCAUUUCCUGCUAGGGUUAUGCCUUCUGCGAUGUUGAGCAAAGUGUGGCUUCCUCGUUUACUUUACAACGCAAGAAGGUUUGGAGAAGCUAAGGGUAUUAUAGUAAAUACGUUCUUGGAGCUGGAAUCCCAUGCGAUUGAGUACUUCAAAAUGCCUCCGGUUUAUCCUAUAGGGCCCAUUUUGGAUGUGGCGUCGGAUGGAAGAAGCACUCACCAAGAAAUCAUGCAAUGGCUUGAUGAUCACCCUCCAUCAUCAGUUGUAUUCCUAUGCUUUGGGAGCAUGGGAAGUUUUGGUGAGGAUCAAGUGAAAGAGAUAGCAUAUGCAUUAGAGCAUAGUGGUCAUCGAUUCUUAUGGUCCCUUCGCCAAACACCAUCAUCUGUGGGUCUCCUAAAAUCUCCUAGUGACUACGAGGAUCCACAACAAGUCUUGCCCGAAGGUUUCUUGGAUCGAAUGGGUGGAAUUGGAAAGGUGAUAGGGUGGGCUCCACAAGUGGCUGUCUUGGCACAUCCAGCCAUUGGAGGAUUUGUUUCACAUUGUGGAUGGAAUUCUAUACUGGAGAGCAUAUGGUUUGGUGUCCCAAUUGCCACUUGGCCAAUGUAUGCAGAGCAACAGUUUAAUGCCUUUCAAAUGGUGACAGAGUUGGGAUUAGCAGUGGAAAUUAAAAUGGAUUAUAGGAAUGACAGUGGAAUAAUUGUGAAUAGUGAUGAAAUAGAGAGAGGAAUAAGGUGUUUGAUGGAGCAUGAUAGUGAGAAGAGGAAGAAGGUGAAGGAGAUGAGUGAGAGGAGUAAAAUGGCCUUAAUAGAUGGUGGAUCUUCAUACUUUUGGUUAGGUAAUCUAAUAAAAGAUGUGAUGGACAAUUUAGCAUAAAAUAGUUAUAAUAAAGUUUUUAUUUUUAUA